AUGAUGAUUGAUGAACUCCCAGAGGGAGCUGUGAAGCCUCCAGCAAAUAAGUAUCCUAUCUUCUUUUUUGGCACCCAUGAAACUGCAUUUCUAGGUCCCAAAGACCUUUUCCCUUAUAAGGAAUACAAAGACAAGUUUGGAAAGUCAAACAAACGGAAAGGAUUUAAUGAAGGAUUAUGGGAAAUAGAAAAUAACCCAGGAGUAAAGUUUACUGGAUACCAGGCAAUUCAGCAACAGAGCUCUUCAGAAACUGAGGGAGAAGGCGGGAAUACUGCAGAUGCAAGCAGUGAGGAAGAAGGUGAUAGAGUAGAAGAAGAUGGAAAAGGCAAAAGAAAGAAUGAAAAAGCAGGCUCAAAACGGAAAAAGUCAUAUACUUCAAAGAAAUCCUCUAAACAGUCCCGGAAAUCUCCAGGAGAUGAAGAUGACAAGGACUGCAAAGAAGAAGAAAAUAAAAGCAGCUCUGAGGGUGGAGAUGCCGGCAAUGACACAAGAAACACAACUUCAGACUUGCAAAAAACCAGUGAAGGGACCUAACUACCAUAAUGAAUGCUGCAUAUAAAGAAAACCACAAGAAGGUUAUACGUUUGGUUGUCUAAUAUUCUUGGAUUUGAUAUGAACCAACACAUAGUCCUUGUUGUCAUUGACAGAACCCCAGUUUGUAUGUACAUUAUUCACAUUCCUCUCUGUUGUGUUUGGGGGAAAGAAAGACAUUUUAGCCUUUUUUAAAGGUUAUUGAUUUAAUUUCAUGUUAUUUGGUUGCAUGAAGUUGCCCUUAACCACUAAGGAUUAUCAAGAUUUUUGCACAAGCUUAUACAUGUCUAGGAUUCUUUAUCAAGGCAGUUACAUUCAUCACUCCUGCCUUUAUUCCGCCAUCACCAAACACUCAGUUAUAAUACAAAUUAGCAUUUUUUUGAAACGACCACUCAACAUAAUGCUUAAGGGAUUUCUUCUCUGUGACAGAACCCAGGAACCAAUUCCUAGAUAUAUAACGUUGGCAUAUUGAAGAUAAACUUAAAAUUGUCCUUCAGUUUUGAGGCCAUGUGUAAAGUUUAAUCAUACUGUAAAAUAUCUAUUCUGUAUUAGAAAUAGCUAGUUGACAGCUGAUACUUCUCAAAACUCAUGUUGUUACGUACACAGACUCAGUUUCUAUAUGUGAAUUAGUGAGUCAUUUUGUGUUACUCCAAAAUAAAGGCAAUGAUUUAUUUUUUUCCCAAUGCCAAGACAAUUUGAGCUAAAAACUCAAGGUGGAUACUUUACAUUUUAAAGCUGGAAUCAGCAGUAGCCCUAUGGGAAAUCAGACAGAGCGUUGACUUUUAAAAUAGACUUUUAAAAUGAACAGUUUUCUUUUGGAACUAGAAUUAGAAUAGUUAAUAUUCAUCCACAAACCAUUAUUAUGUGUACAUUAUUGUUGCUAUUGUGAUAAUAGAGAAUUUUAUUUAUUUUUAUGCCAGCUUAUAUUGUGAGAACACAUUUAGUCAGUUUGGGUUUUAUCAAUCCUGUUAUGCUUGUCCUUGGAUCAUCUUUCGCGUAUUCGAGGUUUGUAGUUGAAAAGUUUACUGUAAAAAAAAAAAUCAAAAACAAAAAAAUGUAUUGUUUUUACAGAAUAAAUUUAUUGGAAUGUGUACUGGGAGUAAGAUUUGAGGCUGUAAACAACUAAGUUAGUGUAAUUUGGCUUCAUAUAUGUAAUGUGAGGUAUUAAUGUAAUUCAUAUAUUAAAGCAAAAAAUUGCUAACAGCAAGUUGACAAUAGAAUCAAGCGCAGGUGAGGGUUUUCUUUUUCUCUUUUUAAAACUCUAUGGGUUUUAGGUUUUUUUAUAAACACUGUGUGGGAGGGAAGAAUUGGCUACGUGAUUGCUUGCACAUCUGAGAUACUUACCAGCUCAGUGGACCCUAAAUUCACACACUUGACAUUAUCCAUGCAUUGAUUUGGACCCCGUUUUCGUUUGGAUUUCUUAUUUUGGUGAAGAGCUAGUAAAUAACAUGAAGAAAAAAUGUGAGAAGCUCUAAAGACUUAGGGCCAUUUAUGAUGAUGAUGGUGAUGGUGAUGACAGCAGCUGAGGGUAUUAAAAGCACCAAUCCACUUACCACUCCAGGGCACUGAGGCAGCAGCUGUGUUUUUGGUUUGUUUCUCCCAUUUAGCAAAUACCAAUUUUUCUCUAUUGUACUCACUCACACUUCCGAAUAUGAAAAGUUCAUUAAAAGACAGCAGGGAUGCCAGUCCAGUUCUUUGUCCUUAAAAGGUAGGUACUUUUUAAUUUUGAACAUUUUAAUUUAAAAUGAAUGAAAUUUAAUUAAUUCAUCCAAAGUCCUCUUCAUUGCUCCCACUAAAACAUAAGGAGAAUGUAGAUGACAUUUGAAUUGGAACAUACAACUUGACAGAUUUUUAAAAUAAAAAGCCUAAAGCCUAGAGAACUUUUUCUGAAAAAAAGAGUAUUUCAAACUUAAUAAGAUUUGUCUUCAUAAAAAGCCAAAAAUAAUUUUAUUAAGGAUAUACACAGAAAUACAAUAGAAAUCUUUCCAGUCACAAAUAAAAUAAGCAUUAAGGGUAAUGAUAAACUUAUAGAUUCCCUCCCUAGCUAUUUAGUCUCACCAAAAAAAUUUAAAUAAAAGCAAUUUUUAAAACAGCAGUAAAUAAUAUACUUUCCUUGGGAAAACAUUUUUCAAACAACAUUUUAAAAUUUUGAUGAUUUAUUUGCCUUUUAUAUUGAGGUUGAUAAUAAAGCAUAUUUAUCUUAUAUGCAAAAAAAUUUCUCCAAUCUGUAUUUGCUAUUUUGAAAUUUUUAAUAUGCACAGACCAUAUUCACUUUGGAAUAGUUUCCUUUUCAUGCUCACUCUUGUAGGAGCUCUACUGGAAUUUUUCACACUCAUUUAAUAUGCGCAAACAAAGUAUUAAGAUAGAUGGCCAAGUUUAUUCACAGAUAACUCUGAAUAUAUUUCUUUAAACAAACUUUCUGAACAACUUCAAUUUUCCUUCAAAAAAAAUCUACCCACACAAUACCUAUGAUAGCUCACACAUACAGUGCAGAGCAAGAAUUUAUUCUAAAAUGUUCCUGUAUGGGAAGAGAGUGAAAUGGGACAAGAUACCGACACCAGGAUAACAGAAGUCAGUAAUCUGGAAAGGAAGAACAUAAAAUAAUGUUUUUAUUCAACUUUUUCAUCUGUCUUUGUUUUUAUGAAGAACUCUGGUUUGUAGAUACAGCGAUAGGCCAAGAGCUGAGGAAGGACUCCAUAUGCUAUGUUUAAUGCUAAAAAAAGGAUUUUCGCUUCUUCUGGGACUCUGUAGACAUAAGCAGUUCUAGCAUGAAGAGAAGCACCGAUGUGAGAAAACUGAGCCUGUUGCAUUAAAAAAAAAAAAAAGGGUAAGCAUGAAUUUUGUGUUCAGUUGGAUGCACCUUGAGUUCUGAAUGAUUCAUUCGGACCAUGUUCCUGUGCCCUCAAAAUCAGUACUUUCAAACAGUCCAGUCUUCAAUAUUUCACUGAAUUUCGAGCCAGGCAUGAUAUAACAGUUCAAAUAAAAUAAACCUUCUUUAGCAUGUCUCUGUCAUGCUAGCUGUUUUUUAACCCAUCUAGUGCCCCCUACCAAACAUUAGCGGCUCAAUUUAACAGAAAAAUCUGAAUAAAAUCUGUUUUUUCUGAUUUGCAUUCUGGAGAUAUCCUAUAUAAGGACUCAGUUGCGGCUCACAAAAUGUGUUCCAGUAAAAAUGAAGCAAAUAGAGUUUAGACAGCUAAAAUAUUUUUAGCAUAACUAUUUAAAGAGAAGCACUGAUGACCUCAGCUUCGUUUAUCAAUCUUUCACCUACUCCUUGGAGCAAAAACUCAAAGCCCUUCCUUAUGUAUUUUGUUUAUUUGUUCAUGUACUUGUUUUUUUAUGCAACUUAAAAAAAUAUUAAGGGUUGUUUUGUAAGGUAAGAUAGGUAGGAAUUUGGUUGUUCUUUAUAAAAUGGCAAAUGUACACGCAGACAGCUUUUUCAAAUCAAAUGAUUAUCUGUUUAGAAGUACGGCUCGUCAGCAUAAUCUGAGUUUACAAACAAAAAGGCAAGAGCUUCCCAUUUGUACUUAAAUAUUUGUUCAGAACAUACAUUUGGAAUGUGCUGGUUGGUCUUUUUUGAUACUUUUCUUAAGCACAGGGGGAAAUCUGUAUUAGAAAAGGCUUCUGUGAAAGUAUUUCCUCAGGAUCCUUGUAUCAUUACAAAAUGCAACCCUGGAGUCUGCAUUUCUUAUCUUACUGAAAUUCAAGAUAUACAUGAAUAAAGGACUGGGAAUCUAAGUGCAGUAAGUGGUGACUUCUUAGUUCAUCAAGAUUAAAGAAAGUAAAGAGACAAAAGAUAACACUAAUCUAAAGAAGGCACAGAAGUGACAAGAAUGAAAAACUAAAUAAUUUGCUUUAAAUACAUAAAAGUUAUCUUAAAUUUCCUUCCAUAUAAAUCAGUUUAUUCUGCUAAGUGGUUAACAGAUAAAAGUGUUACUUAGCACUUGACUUUACUAUGGUAAGAAAAGGACAAGAUUUCAUAAGCAGCGCGUGUAUGGAUUCUAUCAGUGACAGACAUUUCAACAAGUUACAUUUUUCCGAUUACUGAUUCAUUCUGUGGAGGUCUGGUAGUUUUGCUGCUCUCUGGAGAUAGAAAUCAAAUUAGCGUGGUGUGUUGCCAAGGACCAACGCCAACGCAGGAACUGUCUGCAUUGCGAUCUGCGAGGCGCUGAGAGGGCUCUGCCCUCGAACACACCUCCCCCUGGGCAGAUGCUCAGACAGAACCCAGCAGAUGUUAAGCAUUUCAUCUCUGGGCUAUGAAGACAAAACAGCUUGAGAGUAAAGGGCAUUUGAGAGACUGCCCUGAGGAGCUGCUCUUGCUGACAUUCUGGGAACGCUAGACAGGAACUUGGCCCUGUCACUGUUUUUCCCUAAGGCCUGUUUUGAAUAAAUAUAAAACCAAACUUUUCCUUGACUAGAGGCCAGAUUUGAACCCUGAUCUUCAGAAAUGUGCAUUUGGUGCCUCUAUCUUCAUAGACACUUGUACAUAUCUCAAAAAUCACCAAAUUGGGGGAAAUGCCAACCAUAGUUUGAGGGAAUAAUAUGAGCAACCAUGCCUACUUGCAUAAGGAAACCUGCUUAAAAAGUCUGAUAUCAUAGGCUUUUUUCCUGCACUAAUCAGUGCAGUUAAUACCUCAUUUUCACAAACAGCAAACUCAUGGCAACAUUAAAAAAUGAUCAUGUCCUUAGAUUAGAUUGUAAGCCCACUGGGCAGGUACUGUGUCUGAUGUGUUGUGUGGCACCUAUCGCAUUGUUAGAGCUCAAUAAACAUUCAACAGUAA